GCCGCUCCGCUGGGCAGUUGAGGUGGCGUCGUCGCCGUGCCGGGAGCAUGCUGCGCAAGCUCACCGUCGACCAGAUCAACGACUGGUUCACCAUCGGCAAGACCGUGACGGAUGUGGAACUGCUGGGCUCACCGCCCGCCUUCCCGGCCGAGGCGGCCAGGGACGAGGCGCAGCGCAGGGACGCGCCCCCCGGCUUCGGCCCAGCAGCUGGGGCCCAGCCGGCAGCGUCCGGGAGGCCACUUAGCCGAAAGAGCUCAGAAAUGGAGUAUAUUGACAAAUACAGACAGCUUGAAGCACAAGAAUUUGAUAUGUGUGGCAGUGAUCAGUCAACCAGUAGGCCAGGUCCAAGGCCAUCUUUGGCUAAAUCAAGCAAUGUGGCAUGCGUCCCAGAGACAACUUACAAAUAUCCUGAUUUGCCUAUAAAUCGAUGUAAGGACGAGGUUAUUUCUCUGAUAGAAAGUAAUUCUGUGGUGAUUAUACACGGUGCCACGGGUAGUGGCAAAAGCACUCAGCUGCCACAGUAUAUCCUGGACCAUUACGUUCAGCGCUCUGCCUACUGCAACAUUGUGGUCACCCAGCCCCGGAAGAUAGGGGCCACCAGCAUCGCCAGGUGGAUCAGCAAAGAGCGCGCCUGGACGCUCGGUGGUCUGGUGGGCUAUCAGGUAGGGUUAGAGAAGAUAGCAACAGAAGACACCAAGUUAAUUUAUAUGACAACGGGAGUCCUGCUUCAGAAAAUAGUCAGUACUAAGAGUUUGGUGGAGUUCACCCACAUCUUCGUCGAUGAGGUACACGAACGGACCGAAGAAAUGGAUUUCCUGCUGUUGGUAGUCCGCAAACUUCUGAGAACAAAUUCGCGUUUUGUGAAGAUAAUCCUCAUGUCGGCCACCAUCAGUUGCAAAGAGUUUGCAGAUUACUUUGCUGUUCCUGUCCAGAACAAGAUGAACCCUGCGUAUGUUUUUGAAGUGGAAGGAAAGCCCCAUUCAGUCGAAGAGUAUUAUCUUGAUGAUUUGGGGCACAUGCAUCACAGCAGGCUUUCUCCUCACAUCCUGGAGGAGCCGGUGAUUACUAAGGACAUAUACGAAGUCGCUGUCUCCCUGAUCCAGAUGUUCGACCACCUGGAUGUGAAGGAGAGUGGGAGCAAGAGCUCGUCGGGUGCCCAGUUUGUGGCGGAGCGGAGCAGCGUGUUGGUGUUUUUGCCAGGUCUGGGUGAAAUAAACUACAUGCAUGAACUUCUCACAAACAUGGUUCACAAAAGGUUACAGGUUUAUCCACUCCAUUCAAGUGUGACUUUAGAAGAACAGAAUAACGUGUUUCUAAGUCCAGUUCCUGGGUACAGAAAGAUUAUUUUGUCCAACAAAAUUGCAGAAAGCUCCAUCACAGUUCCAGACGUCAAGUACGUUAUAGAUUUUUGUUUGACUAGAACUCUGGUUUGUGAUGAAGAUACGAAUUACCAGAGUCUGCGAUUGAGUUGGGCCUCUAAAACCAGUUGUAAUCAGAGAAAAGGCCGUGCGGGAAGAGUGUCUAAAGGGCACUGCUAUAGAUUGAUCCACAGGGAUUUCUGGGACAGCUCCAUCCCAGACCACGUUGUCCCCGAGAUGUUGCGUUGUCCAUUAGGAAGCACAAUAUUGAAAGUGAAAUUGCUGGAUAUGGGUGAACCGAGAGCUUUGCUGGCAACGGCCCUUUCUCCACCUGGUCUGGGUGACAUUGAACGAACCAUCCUUCUGCUAAAGGAGGUUGGAGCACUUGCAGUGAGUGGGCAGAGAGAGGAUGAGAACCCCCACGAUGGUGAACUGACCUUCUUAGGAAGAGUUUUGGCCCAGCUUCCUGUUAAUCAGCAGCUCGGUAAACUCAUAGUCCUUGGGCACGUAUUUGGAUGUCUUGAUGAGUGUCUUAUUAUAGCUGCAGCGCUUUCCUUGAAGAACUUUUUUGCAAUGCCUUUUAGGCAGCAUCUUGAUGGAUACAGGAACAAAGUGAAUUUCUCCGGCAACAGCAAGAGCGACUGCAUUGCACUGGUUGAGGCAUUUAGAACUUGGCAGGCUUGCAGACAGAGAGGAGAGCUUCGGCACCCAAAGGUGGCUGAGCUGUACGGAGAAUUGAAGAACCGCGUCUCUCAGUUCAACAUGUAUGUUGAUUCGCGGCGGCCUGUCAUGGACCAAGAAUAUGUUCAUAAGCAGCGCUUCAUCCUGCAGGUUGUAUUGGCGGGUGCUUUUUACCCAAAUUACUUUACUUUCGGACAGCCUGACGAGGAGAUGGCGGUGAGGGAGCUGGCCGGCAAAGACCCGAAGACCACCAUCGUGUUGAAGCACAUUCCUCCCUAUGGAUUUCUCUACCAUAAACAACUACAGUCUCUCUUUAGACAGUGUGGUCAAGUCAAAUCCGUUGUAUUCGAUGGUACAAAUUCUCCUUUUCAGGCUCCCGAUGAACUGAUUUUUUCUUUACGUUUGUGGAGCAGAGCCUUCGUGGAGUUCUCACGUAAUCCGACAGAGAGGUUUAAAACUCUUCCCGCGGUGUACAUGGCGAUCAAGAUGUCUCAGCUGAAAGUUGCCCUGGAGCUGAAUGUACACUCUGCAGAGGAGAUCGAGGGGAAGGUCCAAGGAGGGGCGGUUUCGAAGCUCAGGAACACAAGGGUGAAUGUGGACUUCCAGAAGCAGACAGUAGAUCCUAUGCAGGUCUCAUUUAACACAUUCGACAGGUCCCAGACAAUUACAGAUCUUCUCUUAACAAUUGAUGUCACAGAGGUGGUUGAGGUAGGACACUUCUGGGGAUACAGGGUUGAUGAGAGAACCUCCAAGAUUCUGAGAAAGCUCACUGCUGAAAUAAACCGACUGAAAUUGGUGCCGUUGCCCACGCACCCGCACCCGGACCUGGUCUGCCUGGCGCCUUUCACUGAUUUUGACCAAGAGAGCUACUUUCGAGCUCAAAUCCUUUACGUUUCUGGGAAUUCUGCUGAGGUGUUCUUUGUGGACUAUGGCAACAGGUCUCACGUGGAUCUGGAUCUUUUAAUGGAGAUUCCCUGUCAACUUCUCGAACUCCCGUUUCAGGCGCUGGAGCUGAAGAUCCGCGGGAUGCGGCCCUCCGCCAAGUCUCUGGUGUGCGGCGACCACUGGAGCCUCGAGGCCGGCCGGCGCUUCGCCUCCCUCGUGAACGGCCGCGCCCUCCUCGUGAGGGUCUUCUCCGUGGUGCACGGCGUCCUGCACGUGGACGUGUACCGGUGCGCGGGGGCCCAGGACACCGUCAGCGUGAGGGACGUCCUCAUCCAGGAGGGCUACGCCGAGCUCGCCGAGGAGCCCUACGAGUCCAGACAAAGCCACGAAGCUCUCAAGGGUCUCUUCUCCAAGUCCGUGGAAGACAUAGCAGAUAUGUCUAUGCCGUCACCCGUGAAAGAUGACAAAAAGUACCUGAUUCGGAUUUUGUUGGAGAGCUUUUCUUCUAAUAAACUGGGGGCUCCCAACUGCAAGGCAAUACUUCACGGGCCUUUUAACCCUUAUGAACUGAAGUGUCACAGUUUGACUAGAAUCUCCAAGUUCAGGUGUGUUUGGAUCGAGAAGGAAAGCAUCAACUCUGUCAUCAUCAGCGACGCCCCUGAGGACCUCUACCAGAGGAUGCUGGUUGCGGCUUCCCUGUCAGUCAACGCCACCGGGUCCACCAUGCUGCUGAGAGAGACCUCUCUGAUGCCCCACAUCCCCGGCCUCCCGGCUCUCCUCACUGUGCUCUUUGCACCUGCGAUGGAGCUGAGGGUUGAUCGGGAUGGAAAAAACUAUACUGGAGUCCUUUGUGGUUUGGGGUGGAAUCCAACCACGGGGGCCCCUAUCCUGCCAGAGCAUGACAUUGAGCUAGCAUUUGAUGUUCAGUUCAACGUGGAGGAUAUCAUAGAGAUCAAUAUUCUCAGGGCUGCUAUUAACAAGCUAGUGUGUGAUGGACCCAAUGGGUCGAAGUUUCUUGGGCCAGAAAGAAUCGCACAGUUACAGGACAGCGCUCGUCAGAAACUUCUAGGUUUGUUCUGUCAGUCGAAACCAAGACAGAGAAUUGUCCCUGCAUGGCAUGAAAAGCCGUACGAAUGGAAUCAGGUGGAUCCAAAGCUGGUCAUGGAGCAGGCAGAGCGGGAGAGCGGCCGAGGGAAGAACACCUUUCUCUACCAGCUUCACAAACUGAUUGUUCUCAGUGCCUAGGCGUGCCGGCGGGCCGUGCCCCGGUUCCUCCCGAAGGAACCAGAUCCGCCACGGAGCGGUGGAUUAAAGGCUCCAGCUGUAGACUGACUUCUCUGUAUCUGAGCAUUACGGUCUUCGCCCACUGCAUCCAAAAGGUCUUCCCCAUCCUGGUUCCUCUUCUCUGUGGGUGGUGGCUGGAGAGUGGCAUUUCUGUUCUGGUGGGAAGGAUUGGAAAGUCUAGUCUUUUCCAGAAACAGAAAAAUCACUGUGUUAAAGAUUCUGGGAUAACACUGUUCUGAAAGAAAGCUUUAUUUGGAAAAAGAGCUAUAUUUUGCUUUGAAUUUAUUAAGGUAAACAGAAAUAGACGAUCUUACAUGUAAGGUUCCAGAAUGUGCUAGUAUGUUCUAUCUUGUUACAGUGAUUUAAACCUGGGGUACAGGCAGAACCACGAACCCCAAACCCCGCAACAGGGAGCUGCAUGUUUCUUACAACUGUGUGGCAUUUUCUAAUUUUCUUUUCUGUGAGGAAAAAUAUUUAAUUUUGAUAAAACUAACUUCAGUUUUGUAUAUUUUAGAUUUUUACUUACGUUACAAUUCGGAGUCCAAAUUUUGGAAAUCAGAGAGAUUACCUGGCAACUAGUAUUAUCUGUGUUAAAGAAUAAAAAAGCAUGAGACCAAG